GCACUUGCGCAGAGGAGUGCAGCGUGACACGCGUGUGGAGGAAGUGCAGUGACAGAUCGGUAGCAGCCAGAGCCUCAAGCUCCGCACCGGCCCGGCCUAACACUGUAUAAUCUCCUCUGAGAAAAAUGUCCUGGCUGUUUGGCCUGAACAAGGGGCAGCCCGAGGCGGCCCCUGGCCUCCCGGCGCCGCCGCCUCCGCCGCCCCCGCCGGCUGGUGGCUCCGGCGGCGGCGGAGAUAAACCCAAGGACAAAUGGAGCAACUUCGAUCCCACCGGGCUGGAGCGGGCAGCCCAGGCGGCCAAGGAGCUCGACAAGUCCCGUCAUGCCAAAGAAGCGCUGGACCUGGCUCGCAUGCAGGAGCAGACCGUCCAGAUGGAGCACCAGAGCAAAAUGAAGGAGUAUGAGGCAGCAGUUGAGCAACUCAAAGGCGACCAAGUCCGAAUCCAGGCUGAGGAGCGGAGGAAAACUCUGAAUGAGGAGACCAAGCAGCAUCAAGCGAGAGCUCAGUACCAGGACAAGCUGGCUAGACAGCGAUAUGAUGACCAACUUAGGCAACAGCAAGCCCUGAACGAGGAGAACCUCCGCAAACAGGAGGAGUCUGUACAGAAACAGGAGGCCAUGAGGAAAGCCACGAUAGAGCACGAGAUGGAGCUGAGGCACAAGAACGAGCUUCUUCGCAUAGAGGCGGAGUCUAAAGCUCGGGCCCGCGUGGAAAGAGAGAACGCCGACAUAAUCCGCGAGCAGAUCCGUCUGAAGGCUGCAGAGCACAGGCAGACUGUCCUGGAAUCCAUUAAGACAGCAGGUGCUGUGUUUGGAGAGGGAUUCAGGGCCUUUGUGUCAGACUGGGACAAAGUCACAGCUACGGUGGCAGGUCUGACCCUUUUAGCAGUGGGAGUGUAUUCAGCCCGGAACACGACAGCUGUGGCAGGACGCUACAUCGAGGCUCGGCUCGGGAAGCCGUCAUUGGUCAGGGAGACGUCCCGCAUCACUGUGGGGGAGGCGAUCAAGCAUCCCAUCAAGAUGGCAAAACGCCUGAAGAGCAAACCUCAGGAUGCCCUGGAGGGAGUUGUGCUCAGCCCCUCCCUGGAAGAGCGUGUGCGUGACAUCGCCAUAGCAACUAGAAACACCAGGCAGAACCGUGGCCUCUACAGGAACAUCCUCAUGUACGGCCCCCCAGGCACAGGGAAGACUCUGUUUGCCAAGAAGCUGGCAAUGCAUUCCGGGAUGGACUACGCUAUUAUGACCGGUGGCGAUGUGGCACCCAUGGGCCGUGAUGGUGUGACUGCAAUGCAUAAAGUUUUUGACUGGGCUAACACAAGUCGCCGCGGACUUCUGCUCUUUGUCGAUGAAGCUGAUGCAUUCCUCCGCAAGAGAGCCACUGAAAAGAUCAGUGAAGAUCUCAGAGCCACCUUGAACGCUUUUCUGUAUCGCACUGGAGAACAGAGCAACAAGUUCAUGAUGGUGUUGGCCAGUAACCAGCCAGAGCAGUUUGACUGGGCCAUAAAUGACCGUAUAGAUGAAAUAGUGAAUUUUGCUCUGCCGGGUCUGGAGGAGAGGGAGCGGCUGGUGCGGCUGUACUUUGACAAAUACGUGCUGGAGCCGGCCACUGGAGGGAGGCAGAGGAUGAAGCUGGCACAGUUUGACUAUGGUCAGAAGUGCUCUGAGAUCGCAAAGCGCACAGAGGGCAUGUCAGGCAGAGAGAUCUCCAAGCUGGGAGUGGCUUGGCAGGCAGCAGCGUAUUCCUCUGAAGAUGGGGUCCUGACAGAGGCUAUGAUUGAUGCUCGGGUCGAUGACGCCGUCAAGCAGCAUCUUCAGAAGAUGGACUGGCUGCAUGGAGAGGGGGGAGAGGAGGCUGAGGCAAAGAGCACCGCAGCUCCUCUAGCGGGGGGAACAGGCAGCGGGGGGAAAAUGGGCUUCAACCUGCCCCUCAGUGAAGCUCCCCAGGCUGAGGCGGUGAUCGCUCCAGCCCUGGGGAUAAAUACAAAAGAAGAAGGCAAGAGUAUACAACAGGAGGUGACACCAGCUCCUUCAGACAUGAAAAGUGCCAUCCCAGAGAAAGAGGAGGUCUGUGAUGAUGCUGUUAAAGCAGAAACACAGAGUUUAGACCAACCUGCUGCCUCCACUCCCAGUGAGGACAGGAUGGAAAAUGAGGGCAAGACUGUACCUUCUCCUCAAAAGGAUGGAACCCCAGUUUGAGUUUUAUGGUUUAACUGGAGGGGCUGCCUGGAUUAAAAAAAGAUUAGAGCAUUCUGCCCCCUUUUCCAUUCUAGUAUGUCAGUUUAAGUCCACAAGUCUGACUCUGUCCUAUUGACAGAAGCUGAAGGGUCUGAGGGCCGGGGGAGAAUCACAGUAACAUUUCUUAACACAAGACGCCUGAGACUUGAGUUUAUUCUAAUAUAUUAUAUGUAAAGAUUGUAAAAGUGUACUUUACAUAGAAAACCAUGUGUCUGUAAUUAUAUAAAUGUCGUGCACAGUGGGAAUUCUCUGGUGAAAUGAUUAAAUGGAUGUGUUUUUAUAAACA